AUGGGCCUGAAAUCAAUAACCUAUGAAGAAGUAGAUGUUAAUUUCACUCCGGAAGAGUGGGCUUUGCUAGAUCCUUCCCAGAAGAGUCUCUACAAAGAUGUCACGCUGGAGACCUACAAACACCUUACAGCUCUAGGCUACAAUUGGGAAGACCAUACUGAAGAACAUUGUCAACAUUUUAGAAGACAUGGAAGGUAA